AUCAAAGUGAUAAGAUAAGCCAAACUAAAUCCACAAUGCCAUUUUCAUUUUUUUCUAAAUUCCAAUCAUCAUCACUACCACCACCAUGGAAGCCAUAGGCACUGUAGUGAGCUUCGCUCUUCCAUCCACCAAAACCCAAACUUUUCAAAUCCUGAACCGACCCAUUAACCCAUUCAACCUUCCCUCGUCGAGAAAACCGGGACCCACCUUCAAAACCCACCGCCACCACCACCAACACUUCCCUUCAAUCAACGCCGCUAUUUCUCGCACCAAGAAGGAAGAAACAGUGGACACGGUGAGGAAGCAGCUUGAGAACUGUUACCUUCUUGCUGGCAUAAAUUACAAAGGGUUCACAGUGCAACAGUUUCAGGAGCUGAGGAAGACCCUCCCUGAAACUACGAAGCUGAUAGUGGCGAAGAACACUUUGGUGUACAAGGCUUUGGAGGGAACACCGUGGGAGACGCUGAAGCCUUGCAUGAAGGGUAUGAAUGUGUGGCUCUUCGUUCACACAGAGGAAAUACCUACGGCCAUUAAGCCCUAUAGGGACUUCCAGAAGGAGAAGAAGCUCGAAGACAAUGAUUUCACUGGUGCUGUCUUUGAGGGAAAGUUCUAUGGUCCUGAUGAAUUCAAGAAACUUGAAACAUUGCCCUCGCGUGCUGAGAUUUAUGCUACUUUGUUGGGUUCUUUGAAAAGCCCUGCCUCUGCUCUUGUCAGCACUCUUCAAGCUCCAGCCAGAGAAUUGCUCAUGGUUCUCAAGGCACAUGUGAAGAAUCUAGAAGAACAGGGUGCUAGUCAAUAGAUAAGUCUUUGCUGUUGUUUUUGUUUUGAUACAUAUAUAUGUCUUUAUGCUUUUUUGGUUCAUUGCAUUUGAGUUGUCAUGUUCCCCCCCAUUUUAUGUGUACAUUGAUGUGUUUUGCUUGUCUCAGAAAUUGAGGAGAAGAAAAAAAAAAGAGGGGGGGGGGGGGGGGUGGAAUUGUAGAAUGAUUGCAAUUUCUAAUUUUUUUUUUUCUG